AGCGGGGCUGAGAGGGUGCAGUGCGUUUCUGUACUUUGAUCGCUUGAUAAACAUGUCUCUCGGCAGGUCUUGCCUCCUGCUAAAAUAAGCAAGAGGCAGUUUCUGUCUGAACGUCGCGAAUCGACGAUGGCCGCGGGUGCAGACUUCCAGCAUUUCGGACAGCUUUCGGUGGGCCGCGGCUCUGCUGGAGUGCUGCGCAUUCAGUUCGGGCCCACUUGGCAGCGUCGCACCGUUUACGAGCUGAUGAGAGCCCUGGAUCUGGCCACCAAAGACGAGGACAUCCGAAUAGUUGUGCUCUGUGGAAAUUUUUCCGUAGACUGCGGUGGCGAUUCCUAUCCCCUGGAACUGAAGCAGGGGCUGCUGAAAAGAACCCGGCAGCGGGCCACCGAAGCUAUAGAUCAUCCCGACCCGGUGGAGGAACAAUACAUACACGAGAAGGCCGCCAACUUCGUGAUGCGCUCCCUGGCCAAGAAGCUCCUGGGCCACAGAAAACUCCUAGUGGCCUUUGUCGAGGGUCAAUGCCUGGGACUGGGCUUCAGCCUUUGCAGUUUGUGCGAUCUAGUCUAUGCCACUGAAUCGGCCAGCUUCCAUCCCGCCCUCUCACACCUUGACUCCUGUGCGGCAGUGGGCCCCAACUGGACGCUUCCACACAUCCGGGGGCUGCUGCUUUUGGGGGAGCAGGCGGAUGCUCAAAGUGCUCGAAAUGACGGUGUGGUGGCCGGCGUAGUGAAGGAUUCCCUGGAGUUUUGGAGCCGGAUGGAUCAGUAUUCACAUCUUCCCUCCACAGCGCUGAUGGCUACGAAGAAACUUAUGCUCCGACCCUGGCGAGAAUCCUUGAUGGCCGAGCUGCGCGAGGAGUCCACUCCACUGGCCUCCCAGAGACGUCGCCUAGCCCGGCCCAAGCUGUAGGAUGUAUUUUGUAUCCUCUAAAACAUUUUUAAUUCUAAAAACGAUUAAAUAAAACUUAAAAAUUAAA